CAAAUAUUUGAGCAGCUUGCGGAAAACGAAAAUUUCGCUCGCAUUACUCGUCUAACUAAUUCUGUAAAGACCUUGUAAAGACCACUAAAAUUUCUUUUUGUCUCAACAAAAAAAUAUCUCAUUGCAGCUGAAAAGUUGUCGUGUAAAAUUCUCUCCUCGCCGUCGGCACGACCAAGUUCAAGUGAAAGGAACAAGAAGCAAAAGAAGUUUCAAAGCCGCUGAAAAAGCAGACGACAUUCAAGCACUGUCCCCGUCGACAACGAAAUCAAUAAGAUGAACAAGCGUGGCGGCAACGGCGGUAUGGUUUCUUUCGGAAAUCUACUCUUACUCAUAUUCCAUGUUAUAGUAGUUGGUGCUUUGUAUUGUCUUCGUUCUCAUUGAUGUCAUUGUUUCUUCUAGUUGGAGCGGAUAUUGCUGUUGUUUUGUUGGGUCACAACUUUCUCCAGAUGGCCUAAGCACCGCGAAUGUAAUUUCGGCAUUUCUGCAUGUUGAACGAAGAAAACAGAGCAUGGCAGUUAAUCUUAAUUCUUCCACCAAUAACUUCUUAUUCCAGGUCAACACAAGACCACCGGCAUGAACACCUACCCUGCCGCUUCGGCGCACCGCGGAAACGGGCGUUCUCCAGGACGCAUGCUGGGCCAGCCCGCUGCGUCGCAGUUUCGGACUUUGAAUGCUGCGGGUGCGCGUGAGAACUUGUUGAUUUUUGAGCUGCUUGUAGGUGUACAUGCAUCAGUUUCAGUAUAAAAAUUUCCUCGGUGCGCAGUAAACGUGUAGCUGAACAAACCUUUUGGAAGGGAGUGGCGUUUCUAUCCUCGCAAUGACCUCUUCUAAGCAUCUUGAACAAGCCACCUGUAAGUAAAUUCUUUCGCACAGAUGCGCAUUGGGUCGCCCAGCAGCAAGCCGCAACCGGGUCGUACAAUGCGACCCAGCACAACCACCCGAUCUACUACCAGCAACAUUCGGUCCCCUCAAUUCCCCAGGCUUCUGCCGCUCAGCCCGCGCAGCAGCAGCAGUAUGCGGGUGCUGUGUACAACCCUGUGGCCCCGACUCCCGGGUACUACGACCUCCGUGUUGCUUAAUAGAUCAGUAAGAAACUUCUGUGAGAAACCUUUGUCAAGCGGGCACUUUGUUGUGAAAUAGGUUUAACAUGGCGCUCGUGUUUGGAUACAUUGUCUAAGAGUACGUAUAAACACUUCAUGAUUUUCCAAGACUCAUUAUAUAUCUCACCGAACGCAACUCUACUUCCAGGUAUCACUAUGUUGACCCGACGAACCCGAACGGCUACUACACCGCGAACUUCAAUGCCAACGUCCCUUCCAACUCGGACUGGCAGCACGUGACCGUGGACCAGUACGGCGGAGACUGGCAGCAUGUGCCGAAUGCUUCGGCCUCCUGCGCUGCCGGUGCCAGCGGUUUGUCCCCGUCGACCGUCGCCAACACGUCGAUCGUCGCCAACACCUCCCUGGACGACAGUACUGUGCUAAAUUUGUUCAUUUUUGUUGACGAUUAUAUACGAACGCCACUUUCGGUUUCAUCCACGUUGUCACUUUAUUCCCUUGAUACAAAUUGAUACACUGAAGCGAGUUCAUAUUGCGCUCCUGUGUGUGUUGUUGAUGUUGGUGUUGGUACGUGUAGAACAAGUAACGCCAGCUUGCAGUCCGGGUUUAUUUGACCGGUGGAAAAAUAGCAAAAUGAAAUGCAACGACUCUCUCAGGUUGGGUGUCCGUGAGCACGCCGCCCGCUGGUGGCCACCAGGUGACCAACACCAACAGCCCCGUCGUGGCCGCUGCUGCUUCCGCCACGACUUCCCGCGUCGUGACCGCUGCUUCCCCCGUCGUGGCCACCGGAAAUCCUGGCCGGGAAUACGAGACCGCGGAGGCCUACUAUUCCUACAUCGUGGAGCAGGACCGCCGCCGCCGUGCGGCGCAGCAGAUGCAAAAUCUCCGUCGCACUGCGACCAUCGCGACGGAGGCCCCGCUCAGUCGUGCUUCGACCCUUAACAGCUCCCGCUCUGGUGUGUCUGGCUCUGCAGCCGCCGCUCCGGUGGGAAAUAAUGAAAUGCCGCGAGUCGUAUCCCGUCCGCCGCCCGGCCUGGAAGGGGAGGUAAGAUUUCAUGUGGAUGUAGGUGUUGGUAUAAUAUCAUGACCAUUCUACUUCGCUGUGCGAGCUUUCGACUUGACUUUCUUCUGCGGUAGUUGUAUAAAUAUUGAAAGUGAUGUCGAGUUCCUGUAGUUGCUCAAAUCACUUUAUCCAGAACGUGAAUGCUACUCCGGACCACGACACCGUGAUCGUGAACUCGCCGGCCAGCUCGAUGGUGUGCAUUCCGGUCCCCGAGAACUUGGACAGCACCGCUGCGGUGCCAGCGACUACUUCCCCGUCGACUAAUUCUCCCCCGUUGACCACCAACUCGGCCUUGACUUCUCCCUCGCUCACUCCUGUGACAGCCCCUUCUCCGUUCAGUUAUCCUUCGAAAACUCUUCACAUUAGGAGCGCUAUCAUGUCGUAGCAAUUCGACGAUAUAAAAAUUCGGACCUCGCAUGCAAAAGAGAUAAUCCGAUGACGGAAAUAUCAUGGAAGUAUAUCUACUAGGCUGCGCUAUCUUUUGCACACUUUGCAUGACAAAGUCCCCCUAGAAGAGGGCAACGAAGUAUUCUUGUCCGAGUCUUUUUACACAACUGCGCAUGAUAGAAGUUGUGUCGUUUUUCGCUUGAUAUUGACCUGGAGACCACGCCGACUACGUCUGCUGCCAUCCCCGAGGGGACCACGAACACCACUACGGGUACUUCCCCCACCGCGGGCACGAUCGGUACCACGACCAACGAUGAUGGAAAUGUCGCGGACGCUCGCCGCCCACAACUACCGGUCGGCCCCAAGUCCCCCGCUUCCACCACCAACACCAAGUCGAAGACCAAGCCCGCUCCGAAGUCGUCUUCCAAGGGUACUACCGAUGCAUCCAGCACUUCGGCCACUUCGGGCAGUCCCGUCCGUGCCCCCCCAGUAUGCAUUGCAAAUAUGUCUGGGUCUGGGUCUGGGAAAUUCAUGCGAGACUUUGUCAUGAUCGUCUGGCAUGACCAAGAAGUGAUAAACUCUGUCGUGCUAGCAGAUGAAUGACUUCAUUUGUAGGUCCCCAUGGGAAUGAACGCACUUUGUCAUGCAGAAUGCGCAGCGCGCGGGCGCAACAAAAAAAAAUUCUCAUGUUUAAGUGGGCAUAGGAAGUGCUUGCAAUUUUUAAGCCCGCGUGACAACUGUCCAGACCCAGACAUUACUUGCAAAAUGCAUACCCAGCUGGUGCUCCGCAGAACAACGGUGCGAACGGCGCGAAUGCCGGGGGUCCGGGCAAUCCGAAACCCUUGUGCUACUUCUGGAAGAUUGGACGCUGUGAAGCUGGAGCUGCUUGUGCCUGGGCCCAUCCGGCGGACAUGGAGGGUAGCGCUCUCAGUGCGCGGAACCGCGAGGCCUUGCGCCGCAACCGUGCGGUAACUAUUUGAGUGUUACUUGCACAUAUGGCGACGACGCGCUACUGCGCAAACAACCACAUUUGAUGAAAAAAUUUUAGGCCUUUCAUUGUUUUCAUAGUUGUAUGCGGAAGGUCAUGAUUCCCAUCUGUAGGGAAGGUGAAAUGAGAAAGCCUUCUUUCUCAAUUCAAACACAGAUCGCUGCCGAAAACGGAAACCCCUACGGUCCCAUUGCCAUCAACAACAUCGGGCGCGGUGCGGCGUCGCCCCAGAAGAGUGCAGCUGGCGCGGUAUUUUUUUGGUCUUACCACAUUGAACCAAAUGGCAGAUGCGUGUUUUGUAGCGUUCCGUUGAAGUUGAACUAAAUCUACUUAGGGCAGCACCUCUUAUUUGCUCUCGGUUUUUGCAAGGUGACGGGGAGUGGUCCAACGGUUAUUUUCUCUUUAUUUUCAGGCUCCGGCAGCGGCGACGGAGCAGUCGGAGAUCACGACGUUGGUGACUUCUACUCCGUCCACCGUGACGACCACGGGGGGUAUGACGAUUUUCGGGUACACGGAGGGCGGCUCUCUGAUCCUGUUCAACCACGAGGUCCCCGCCGAAGCCUUUCACUUCUACAUCCAAGCACUGCUGCUUUUGUUUGCUGUAUCAUGUGCAAAAGUGUAGUCUCUGCUGAAUAAGUAGCAGGCAGACGGCACUGCGACUGCUCUCCUUUUUCCUCAUUGCAUGAAGACCGAGCAACACUCGAGGGGGGGGGCGCAACAAGGCCUGUGUCUCUCCAUGCAAUCACCCCACAAGUGAUUGGCAUUCUGCGAAAAGAGCUUUCCGAUCGUAAGAGCAUCGACAUCUGGCUUGAGCCACUCUGGCAGUGCGUGAUAAUAUGAUGCGAUUUUGCUAUGAAUACCGCUACGCUUUUGCACAUGAUACCAUUGGCUGCUCAGCUUGGUGGCUGUUUUCUACUGGUCUCAGGCGACUUCCAGCAGCCACUUCUAG